UAUAUUUUCCCUGAUGACAACAAUCGCCGGGUUAUAAUAAAUAAAAAUAAUAUAACAAUUGUAAUAAAUAGUUUAUUAAUAAAUAUGAUUUUUGUAAGAAAUGUGCAUUUUAUAUAUCGAAGAUUACAAAUUAAUACAAUUGGAAGACAUUGUAAAUUUUCAACGACACUACAAGAAGAACGUGAUCCAGGACCAGUGUUCAUAAAUAAAGAAGUCCAAAAAUUACUUAAAACACUUACGAGACCGGAUUUAAAAAAAAUUUACCGACAACGUAAAGAUGGUACACCUAUAAGAGCUCCUCAGUAUAAAUUCAUGACUGAUGAAGAACUUCAAGAAGCUAUUAGGAAAGCCAGAGAAAAAGUUGAUGAAAAAUUACAAAUGCCACCGGUUGUACAAAAACGUAAACCAAUAACUGAAAUUUUGUCGAAAGAUCCCGAAAUACAAGGGAAUGAUACAGCAAAAUACGUUUUUACUGAUAUUACAUACGGAAUAAGCAACGUUGAUAGACUAAUUGUCGUCAGAGAUCCUGAAGGUGUAUUAAGACACGCUAAUUGGGAUGAAAGAUUUCGUAUGAAUCAAACUUAUUUUCCUAUUCAAGGACGUGAAAUGAAUGCACCAAGAAUGUUUCAAGAUGAAUAUUUAAAAGAUUUAUUAGAAAGAGAAGAGUAUGAAUUCGUAUUGGAUCGCGCAUGUUUGCAAUAUGACCCAGAUGAUCCUGAGUUUCAUCGAGUAACAUCUGCUGUCUAUGAAACUGUCAAUGAAAAGUCUCAAUUCACAAAAUUGCGAUCAACUAGACAUUAUGGACCAUUGGUAUUUUAUUUAGCUUGGAAUAAAAAUAUAGACAAUUUAUUGUUGGAAAAUAUAACAAACGGACUCAUUGAAGACGCUGCAUUAUUAAUAAAACUGUACAAUAAAGUUAAUCCAUCAUCGAAAGCUGCUGAUAUUACCCACGAUGGUGAUGAUCUUAAAUUUAUCCAACAGUUUAUUGAAUUAGAGUCGCCUAUUAGAGGCAAAUUACAGGCUGCUAUUCAUGCGUACAAAGAACUUGAACAAGCGCGUAAAAAAGUUGACCAGGGUAUAAAAGAAGCUCAUGGUCUUGAGUAAUUUGUAAAUUUUUAUAAAUAAAUAUUUGUUGUAAGUUA